UCUAGGGUGGAGUAGAGCAGAAGAUGAAACCAGUUAAAGAAGAUUCAGGACUUCCAGUGGCAGAGGAGGCUGAAGGACAAAAAGAACAGCCGCAAAAUGUCCACACUGAUCAGGAUGUACAGGACAAAGAAGAGACACAGCAAGAGCCAAUGACUGAUGAGGACAAAAAAGAGAAAAGAAAUAAGACAAAGAAAGUAAAGGGAAAGAACGAGAAGCAAGUGAAAAAGGGAGGUUCUGGAUCAAUAGGACAUAAGAAGAACCAGAGAGAUCCAUCACAACCAGAGGCUGAGAGAACGACAGUGGAGGACGAGACGAAGCUUCAAUCAGAGACGCAGAAAAGAAAAGAGACAGAGAAGGACGACAUAGAGCUCAAACCACAGCAAGGAAAUGUCAGCCAACGUCUAUUGCAAGACAAAAAACAGGAGAUGAGAGAAGCAGAACAUGAGGAAAAAAAAGACAAAGAUCAGGAGGGAAACCAGAGUAACAUUCAGAAAACAACAGAAAGGGAAGCAGAGAAACAAGAGGAGAAACUGAAGGAAGAGAAGAUGGAGAAUGAGAGGAAGCUUCAGUCAGAGAGGACAGAGCUCAAAACACAGGAAGGAGGUGACAACCAGCAAGUUUUAGAUGCCAACAGACCAGAACAGACGGCUGAACAUGAGAAUAANAAAGACAAAGAUCAGAGGGACGUAACUACAACAACAGAAAGUAAAGCAGAGAAACAAGAGGAGCACAUUAACAAGAAAGUGGAGGAAACAGAGGGAAAGAGGGAUGGAAGAGAGGAUAAGCCUCCAUCAGUCAGUGGGGAAAUAACACAGACACCAGACCUCAAAGAACAUGAAGACACAGCUGGAGGACAAAACCAAGAGAAGGAGCUCCAGGCAGAGAAACAACAGCAAGAAACAUCUCUGAGAAAGAUGGACGAAACCAAAGAGCAGCCAAAGAGAUCCACCAACAGGGAAUGGAUACCGUGGAAAGAGAGACGAAAACAGGGGUUGGGGAGAAAGAAAGGAGCUGACAUUACUGAAACUCCAAAGGAGGUCAAUGAGGUCAGACAGGAAGGACAGCAGCAGGCAGUGCAACAACAACUGGACGUAAAGGAAGACGUCACAGAGCAGAUACAGGACUUCUUUAAGAGUCUCUCAGAGAGAGGAGCUGAGUGUCAGGACACACAGCCGUUGUAGAUUGAUGUAAGACCUAUAAAGAAAGCAAAAAGAAGAGGAAAACAUCAACAUAUACAAGUGAAAGAGUUUCAUGUAGAUCAUCAACAGAUAGUUGGUAAGAAGAGGCCUCAGGAAGAAGACAGAGAGCCGACACAGGAGAGUUCAAAAAAGGUAAAAAAGUGUCCAAUAACAGAUGAACCUGAAGGAAUGGAUCUUAAUUGACAACAGGAUCAUACAGCUAUGUGUCAGGGAGACCAAGAGGAGGAGCCGAUGGAUAGUUCAUGAUACAGCUGACAUUAGGACACUUGAAGAAGAAGAAGAAGAAGAAGAAGAAGAAGAAAGCAGCUUACAACAUCUACACUGUUGAAAACCAGUGAAUGACUGAACACUGUGCAGCUGAUUUAUCUCUGUUCAUUCAGGUCUUUUGAGGCAAACAGGGACCAAAAGUGGGGUCGGUACAGAACGGUUCUCUUGGUACCAUCAACAACUUUUCACAGUGGAAACAGAAAAAAUGUUCACCGAACUGAAAUAAACUAGACCACACUGCUUGGUGGAAACAGGGCUCUGGACAGCAGUGUCUGUCUGUUGGACUGACAAAUGUCAAUAAGCACUAGAUGGAUAGCCAUUUUGCAAAAAACACAUCUUGUGCGUUCAUGUUCCCCAGAGGGUGAAUCAUACUGACUUUGGCUCCACCAUGAGGUUCACAUUUGUGAUUUUAGUUGAUAUAUCUCAACAACUAUUGGAUGGAUUGUGAUAAAAUGUGGUUCAUCCUUCAUGUUCCCGUCAGAAUUAAUCUUAAUGACCUGGGUGAGUUUUAAUCUAGCGCCAUCAUCAGCAGAACGGCACAUUGCAAGUAGUUGUCUGUUGCAACUCAUCUCGUCGCCAGUCUUUAGUCUGAACUGGUCUUUAGCUGGUGGCAAAGGUCAUCGUCAAAACUUCACAGUAUGGUUUGCAGGAAGUGGUGACAGUGUUAUGCAUUUUUCGUCACUGCUGCAAAUCAAAUGUAGUGGACAAGAAAACUGUGUUUAAUUAUGAACUGUAAUAUGUGGCUGAUUCCUGAUCCAGUUAAUACGUUCAGCACCUGUGCAGAUACCGAUCCAGCUGAUCAGGUCAGUGCAUCCCAAAACAAAACAUGAGAUUUAUUCUAUCGUUGUACAGGUGCAGACAAAAAAGCCUGAGAGAAAUUUAAAUGUGUGAAACUGUAAAUGCAGACUUUUAGAAACAUUUUUGGAUCAAUAUUAGUGUAAUAUCGUGUUCUUUGUUUUGAAUAUGAUUUUAUAUUGUGUUGUGAUGUCGUCCUCCUGCAUGAGAGUGUAUAGAGGACUCUGUCUUCUAUCGUAGAUUAGGCCAUGAAUUAUGGUUGGAAAUUAAUACUAAUUAAUACUACGUUUGCAAAGUAAAGGCAGAACUGAAUUCAUUGUAAAUAAAUGUUUCUUGUUUA